CACAUAUGCUUUGAAUUUUGUAAAUAAUAUAGCUAAUUUUUAUUAUAUUUUUAAAUGUCUGUAUUGUAAAAUAAAUUCCUGUUCGUCAUGGUUCAUACCAAUUUUCUAUUGCCAAGUGCCAACAACAACCAAAUGCCUCCGGCUGCUGUUCACAACCUCCACCUACAAUGUUUUAAACGUUUAUUGUUUUUUUUUUUUUUUUUUGGGGGUAAAAUUAUAAAUUUUCUUAUUGAAAAUUAUAUUAUAAUCAUAUGUUAAUUGCCAGUUAUUGACUUAAUUCUUAUUAACUUAUGAGAUCGUAUUGUGAUUCACAUAUUUGUGCUAAGUUAUGUUGAAUUUUUUUCAUAACAUUGCUAGAAAGAUACAGAUUUUCUAGUAGUUGUCCUAUUGUUAUUAAAUUGUUCUCGUCACUUAUAAGAAAGUUUAUCUAUGGUAGUAAUCAAUGGAAGGUUUUCAACAAGGAAAUAGCAUGGAAAAGAAUAAAGUUGUUGGAAAUUAUACAUUGUGGACACGGGAGGAGAGUAAUGAGUUGCUACGCCUUAUGGUUAAUGCGGUAAAAAAUGGAUGGUGUGGUAGUAGUGGAGGUUUAAGCAAGACAACUAUUGAAAGAAAGAUACUUCCUCUUCUUAAUGAAAAAUUUGGCUGUCAAAGAUCAUAUGCACACUAUCAAAGCCGAUUGAAAUGGUUUAAAAGACGUUUUUACAAAUUUUCUGAGCUUAUGCAUCAUAACUCUGAAUUUCGAUGGGAUCCAACAACAAAAAGGUUCAUGGCUAGCGAUGAAGUGUGGAAAGAUUAUUUUAAGUGUUAUUCUACUCAUAAGAACCUACGCACAUAUACUAUUGCUGACUAUGAAGAUUUGGCAAUUAUAUUUGGGAAUACUAAUACCACAGGAAAUGAUACAGAUGCAAGAAUCUACAAUCUGAAAGAAGAUAAACAACAUAACAUUGAUGAGCUACAAUUUGAUUCUAUUUCUAUCAAUGAUGAAUUCACCCUAAAUGAUGCGUAUGUAGCAUCCCAAGAUCCCCAACACUUACAGUAUACUUCGUCAAUACCUCAAGAGAUAAAUGAAGCAACUUCAACAAAGUAUUUUAGGAAAAAAAGAAAUAGAAUAGAGUCGUGUGAUGAGAAUAGUUUAGUUGAAGACCGAUCUAACAUCUUGGAGAAACUAUCUAUUUGUUUAGAUUCAAUUGCUGCUGAUCUUCAUAGCUUAGUGCAAAAGAGGGAAAAUGGAAACAAUUGUUGGAAUGCUAUCAAGGAACUCCCAGGCUUGGAUAAUGACACCCGUUUCAAAGCUAUUGAAUGGUUGAACACGGAAACAAAGAAGCAUACUUUUCUAGAUAUGUCAUCACAAGAUCGUUAUAAUUGGAUAAUGUUUAAAUUGUCUAAAUGA